CUCAUUUCCCUCUAGUAACUUAAAAAAUGAAUUGACUUCAAUGGAAGGAGAAUCAUUUCCACCGUGAGGAGCGUCUCUACACACCACAUUUCCAUGACUAAAGUUGGACUGAUGUAGAGGCAGCUUCAUCCGGAUGGUUUGUAUUUCCUUCCACAUCUAUGAAGGGUUUAGUUGACAUCGGCAGACAGAGAAAACUCCUUAUCCUGUGCCUAUUUAUCGGGAACGUUGCAGCUGAUUGUCCCAUACCUGAACAUGGAGAUUUCACAGUUCUCACAGAGGAAUCCAUUCUAAAACAGCAUUUCCCUGAUGGUACUGUGAUCACACAUGAGUGCAGACUUGGAUAUGAGAAAGUAAGUGGCACUGGGAAGAUGACUUGCGUCAAUGGGAAGUGGACCGAGCUAGACAUCAAGUGCAGGCGGAAAGACUGUGGUCCCCCUGUACCACAACCACACAUGAUAUUUAACCUCAGGCAAGGGACUCUGUAUGGUGCAAAGGCAUAUAUAACCUGUGAAAAAGGUUACACGGUCAUGGGAUGGGGCUACAGAAUGUGCUUAGGCACACGGUGGGUUGGACAUGGAAAUUGUUCCAUUGUUAAUUGUUCCAAACCCACCAAAGUGGAAAAUGGUGAACAUACAUGGAGAACGCGCAAGGCACCACAUUAUAAUCAAAAAAUACAUUUCUCGUGUCACAAAGGAUACACCCUGAUUGGGAAUAAAACCAUUAGGUGUACUCAUACUGGCAGAUAUGAUUCUAAGCAACCACAAUGCAUCGCUUUUUGCCCCAUACCUGACGUUGGAGUGAACAUAAUUCUCACAAAAGAAUCCCUUCUAAAAAAGGAUUUCCCAUCAGGUACCGAGCUCAGAUAUGAGUGCAUAAUUGGAUAUAAGAAUGUAAAUGGAACUGGGAUCAUGACGUGCGAUGAUGGGAACUGGACCAAGCCAGAUAUCAUCUGCCGCAAGAAAGACUGUGGUCACCUUGAAGCACAGCCACAUAUGUUAUAUGACACCAGCCAGGGGACUCUAUUUGGUGCAGCGGUUUAUGUAUCUUGUGUAAAAGGUUACCGGCUCAAUGGGCCGAGCUCCAGACAGUGCCUUGACACAGGAUGGUUUGGAACUUCAAUUUGUGAAGUUGUUACUUGUUCCAAACCGACCAGAGUGGAAAAUGGCAGACAUUCUUGGAUUAGUGAUCUUGAACCAGAAUAUCGACAAACUAUACAUUUCACAUGCAACACAGAAUACACCUUGUUUGGGAAUAAAAUCAUUAGGUGUACUGAAACUGGUGAAUAUGAUUCUGAGCCACCACGAUGUGUCCGUAAUUGCCCCAUACCUAAAAGUGUGGAGAACAUGGUUCUCACGAAUGAAUCCCUCCUAAGAGAGAAUUUCCCAGAUGGUACCAAAGUUACAUAUGAGUGCGCCAAUGGAUUUGAAAAAGAAAGUGGCUCUGAGAUCAUAACCUGCAUUGAUGGGACUUGGACUGAGCCAGAUCUAAUCUGCAAGAGAAAUACAACUUUUUUAACUCCGGUGGUGAUAUUUGCGGCAGUUGGCUGUUCACUUGGAUUUAUUUUCAACAUCUUUUGUGUGUGGAACCAAUGUUCAUAUCAUCCUGGAGAAGAGCUGACGCCAGAGCUAUUACAGUUUCACCCUCUUUAAGUAUCCUUCUUCAUUCAGUUGGAACUGGACCCAGCUGUUGGGACAUUUACUACAGAUGAAGGACUGCUGAACUCUGAGCGCC